CUGUUCCAGUUAACUGUCGUUCCUGUAGGGGAGGCUAGUUGGUUAGCUGGAUGUAACCUAGUUUAUAACAGCAGGCGUUACAUCACUUUAGGUCGUGUCCCACCUGGGAAAUAACGACCUAAAGGAAGCUAACUCUUCAUAAUUCAUAUAAUAGCGUGCUAAUAUGACACAGUGACCAAAUAAAAAAAAGAGAGUGACAGCUCUAGUGACUUCGCAAAUUUGUUGUUUUUUAGAGGAGGCUGUCAAAACGCGACUAGUUUCAACGGGCACUGGUUUCAGACAGAAGAAGACAUGUCCUGUCCAUGCACCUCGGCUGCCAGGUUGCUCCUAAACUCUGCUCACAGAGGUAAGCAAGGGAAAGUCCACAUACUGCCAACCAAAGGGUUGUCAUGUUCCCGAUUCCAGCUGUUCUCCCUGAGUCGUCGGGGGUCUCGGGAAGCUCAUUUUCGUCCACGUGUGUGUGUGAGGUCGUUUUCAGAAACGGCCGUCUGUUACGCUGCUAAAGAUGGGACAACAAAGGACAGUGGGAGUGACAGUGGAAAAAAAAGUGUUGGUGAUGGGAAGAGGAUGUCUGGCUCUGGAGGGUCAGGAAAAGGUGGAAGCCAGCUACGUUGCCCCAAAUGCGGAGACCCCUGCACACAUGUAGAGACCUUUGUAUCAUCAACACGGUUUGUGAAAUGUGAGAAGUGUCAUCACUUUUUCGUGGUCUUGUCUGAAACGGACUCUAAAAAAGGGCUAAACAAAGAGACCGAAUCAGAAGCCGAGUUGGUCAGACGGGCUUUCGCGCAGAAACCGCCUCCGCCUCCCAAGAAGAUUUAUGCCUAUCUGGACAAGUAUGUUGUUGGCCAGUCGUAUGCAAAGAAGGUCUUGGCGGUGGCCGUGUAUAAUCACUACAAGCGCAUCUACAACAACAUCCCUGCAGGCAGCCGACAGCAGGUGGAGGUGGAGAAGCAGCCAUCUUUAACGCCACGAGAGCUAGAGAUGAGAAGACGAGAGGAUGAAUACAGAUUCACAAAACUGCUGCAGAUCGCAGGGAUCAGUCCCCACGGUAACGCUCUGGGCGCCACCAUGCAGCAGCAGGCGAGUCAGCAGCCGCCUCAGGAGAAGAGGGGCGGCGAAGUCCUGGACUCUACUCACGCCGAGAUUAAACUGGAGAAGAGCAACAUUAUACUCCUCGGUCCUACCGGUUCAGGAAAAACAUUGCUGGCGCAGACGCUGGCCCGCUGUCUUGAUGUUCCGUUUGCGAUCUGCGACUGCACCACCCUCACUCAAGCUGGAUAUGUGGGCGAGGACAUCGAGUCGGUCAUCGCCAAACUUCUGCAGGAUGCCAACUACUCAGUGGAGAAAGCACAACAAGGUAUUGUGUUCCUGGAUGAAGUUGAUAAGAUUGGCAGCGUUCCUGGGAUCCAUCAGCUGAGAGAUGUGGGAGGAGAGGGAGUUCAGCAGGGUUUGCUGAAACUCCUGGAGGGUACAAUCGUCAACGUUCCAGAGAAAAACUCCAGAAAGCUGAGAGGUGAAACGGUGCAGGUCGACACAACCAACAUCCUGUUUGUUGCUUCGGGAGCCUUCAACGGCCUCGACAGGAUAAUAAGCCGACGGAAGAACGAGAAGUAUUUGGGAUUUGGAACGCCCUCUAACUUGGGGAAAGGUCGCCGGGCGGCCGCAGCAGCAGACUUGGCCAACAGCAGCGGCGAGACGGACGCGGUCGCGGAGAUCGAGGAGAAGGACCGGCUGCUGAAGCACGUCGAGGCGAGGGACCUGAUCGAGUUCGGCAUGAUUCCGGAGUUUGUCGGCCGUCUUCCUGUCGUCGUUCCUCUGCACAGCCUGGAUGAGGACACUCUGGUCCGAAUCUUGACUGAACCGCGAAACGCUGUGGUUCCACAGUACCAGGCUCUGUUCAGCAUGGACAAAUGUGAACUUAACGUGACCCCGGAUGCCUUGAGAGCCAUCGCCAGAUUGGCUUUGGAGAGGAAAACUGGAGCUCGUGGCCUCAGAUCCAUUAUGGAGAAACUUCUUCUUGAGCCCAUGUUUGAGGUGCCUCACUCAGAUAUCGGUGCUGUUGAACUGGACAAAGAUGUCGUUCAGGGAAAAACGCAGCCUAGAUACAUCCGAACCCCCGCCAAGGAUACGGCAGAGGAGGAGUACGACUCCGGCAUCGAGGAGGAGAACUGGCCCCGGCAGGCUGACGCUGCUAAUAACUGAACCAUGUCUCUCAUUUCACCUGAAAUCAUUAGGUUACCAUGAACCUCCUGGAUGCCUCGUUUGGCACCAGCUGUUUUUAUUACUGCACCCGACAAAUAAAAAGCGUGGACCCCGAGGAUGUUUUCAUGAUGAACAAGUUAAGGGAGCGUAACAACCUUUGAUCUCUUUGCAUCAGAUAAUAAAUCUCUAGCGGUGCACUCAGUGUGGACCUUUUAUGAUAUAUUUCAAUCUCUGGGGAUUGUUAACAUUUUAUCUAUAUAAAGAUAAUACAAUUUUAUUCAUAAAAAAAAAUAUUUGUAGGUAGUUUGUAUCUUCUUUUUGUGCUGAUUGGCUGUAGCAGGAAGGGAAGCAAAUGGCAUUUAUGGGAUCACAUUGUAACUUGAAUGAGGGUAGACGUGAUAGACAAAAUGCCUUAAAUCACGAGGGGCAUGAUAUUUCACAAAUGCAUCAAUAUGUUGAUGUUUCUUCCUUUUCCACCAUUGUGAUAAUGGUGCUCAAAGUGGAAAGAGUUAUAAAUGUUAAGCUAUGCUGCACGCGUAUUGUUUGUAAGCGGUUUGUAAGACAUCACCCAGAGUUAGGAGACCACAUUGAGAUGGAAACACACCAGCACAUUAAAGACGCUCCCAUCCUGCAGCCGUCUGCUCACCUGGAUUCACAGAGCAGACUGAAAUGGUACAACAUCCCACUCUGCUUUCCGGUCUACCGAGGAACAUUAAAGUAAAUCGCACCCACGUAGGUUUUGGGUUUUAAUUUUCUAAUCAUUCAGAGAUCUUAACAAGGUUCCCACUGCAGAGCUGCAGGUAUUUUCCUUUCUUUAUGUGUGCACCUACGUCAGAAUCACUUCCUGUGAUGUCACUUCCUGAUGCUAGAUGGUACCUCGGUGCACUUGUUCAGUCAAGAUGCCACCCUGAAGGUCUCUGACGUCACCAUGCUGCUGUGCUCUUUACCUUUAAAAUUAAACUAGAUCUGUUCCCUUUUUGA